UCUAAAUCCUUCCCUGCAGAAUUCCCGUCCCGUAUCAGGUACGAAUCUUUGGGUUGUUACAGAGACAACCCAGAUAUACAGAUAAAAUCUUUGGAGGGAAUGGACAGUCUCCUUAACGACAGCUAUAGGCUGAGAACUGAUGCCAUACAAAAGUGUGCCAUGGCUGCCUUGGUAAGAGGAUUUACCGCGUUCGCAGUUCAAGAUGGCGGCAUGUGUGUUAGCGAUAAAUACGCGUAUUUCUUCCAUGAAUUUGCAGUUAAAUCAGAAAACUGUAAAAGUGACGGAAAAGGAGGAAAUAUGGCUAAUCAGGUCUACUAUCUUAAUUCAACACUGAAAGGUAUGGAUCGUAAUUUGAAAGGAAAAGUAUCCAAGGCUGUUUACACCAUCUGCAUAUCAUUUCGCACGAUAUUUAAAAUCUGUUAUUAUAAGAGGUCGCUGAGAAGAUAAAAUACAGUUAGGAUGGAUCCAGGAAUUUUUGAUUGGGGGCGGGAAUUUUUUAGGCACUUAGGGUUUUUUUUCCUUCUCGCGCUAGAGCCUGAAUAAGCUGAGAAACAAAUUAAGAGAAGUAAAUUUUGAAGACUUCAUAUUGAGUAGUCUGGUCCUGUCGGUGUGAGAAUUUUGGUUUUAGACAAGUGUAAUCCUUCUGGAUCUGCCACUGAUUUAGCAAACCCAAACGUGAUGUUUGGUGUUUUUUUGGGGAUAGUUUUUGAAGUUAGGGUUCAUAUCUCAAAUCUCUUCUCCACAAUUCUGAAUAUAAAACCCAUUCGUGAAGCUUUUUGAGACAAAAAUGAGAACAUUAUGUGACUCGAAGCCAGCUAUGUACGCAGGUCUUUCGAGCAUGGGCAGCACCUCUCAGCUCGUUGAUGUUUUCUGGGGUGCCCUCCUUACUACGUCGGAUUAGUUCCAAAAAUUUUUUUUUACUUAAAUACAAACAUCAGUCUACGUAAGCAGAGUUAUAGUAAGAAAUCGUGUGCAAAUAAGUGGCAAAUGGCAACUUCACUGGCGUAAACUCUUAGUUGCCGAAACAAACUCGCAAAUGUAACAAUUCUGUUCAUUUUCUGUUUUUAGAAGUCCUUGGCACUGUUUCUUACACAAAACUUGGAUGUUUUGAUUUCACCGAUGCUCACACUGUGCCCAGCCUCGAAGGAGAGGAUUCUUUGUUGGAUGGUUAUUACACAACGAGAAAGGACGCUAUUAGUAAGUGUGGACUGGCGGCUGACAAGCGAGGACAUAGAAUGUUUGUUGUCAUGCCAAGCGGACAGUGUGCAAGUGGUCCUACUACUGAGAUGUACAGGAAGUUUGUACAGUCAGGAUACAGUAACGUGGAAUGCACAGGAAUGGCUCUUUGGAGUAGCGUAUACCUUCUCAAUUUUAGCCGGUAUGACGAUAGAGGUGCUAACAAUGUUGAAGGUAACGGAGAUACAUGUAUUCAGAUUAAUCAAGUAAACUGUCUUUUAUAGGACGGGGAUGAAGCUGUUAUUUAACAGAGCGGAGCAAAAUGUCGCUGAAUCGCGAGCGUUUCCCACCCAGAGGUACAGAUUCUCAAUCACCUGUCCUGUCGAAAACCACCGAGUACAUGUACCAAAAUAGCUCAAAUAAACUCGACAAUCAAGUGUAGAACUCUCAAAGCAGUAUCCAGAAAACACUGAUUUGAAGCCAUAAUUAUUUGUCACUUACAUUUCCUGCUUCGAAAGAAUGAAAAUGAAACAGUUAAAUGAUUAUCUACUAUGGUUAGAGGUAAAUGAACUACUGUAAAUUUCGCAAAGUUAGCUUUGCUGGUUCCAACCCUCAUUUGAGUGACGGUCUUUCGUAGGAAAAUAAAAAUAUGUAAAUGUUCUAUUUUCAGUAACAGUACCGCCUGAGCCGCUAAAAUACACGUCAAUUGGAUGUUUCCUCCAGUACCCUUACAUGGCUAAGAGAUAUCCCCUUCUUGUGAACUAUGAGGGCCAAGAUCCACUUCUAAAGGAUUUCUACCAACUACGAAAAAAUGCAAUUGAAAAGUGUGCUACGGUAGCCAAGCGACGUGGAUAUAAAGUUUUUGCUCUGAUCAACGGCGGCAAGUGCUUGACUGGCCCUAAAGCUCACACAGUGCCAGUAUUCAAAACGUUCUGGGCUAAGGAGUGCGAAAGCCACGGAAAAGGAAGCUAUCGCAAUCUUCACGUUUACGUUGUUGGAGAACUGAGAAGUACGAUGAUUUUACGAUUUUAAUGGUGUACGUUAAGAGCCUUUUGAAUUUGGGUAAUAAGACUGUCAUACUUUUUCUUUAUUAUACACCAGACACAGUACAUUCUGUUUUUUUUCCUUUUUGACACAGAUUUCUUCUCCGCAAUACCAUACACACAACUCGGUUGCUACAAAAACGACAAAAAUAUGCUUGAUGUUGAACAAAUGGACCCAGAUGUUCUUGAUGGUGAUUACAAAUUGAGAAAGGACGCAAUUGGCAAAUGUGCAUUAGCCGCCAUCAAGAGACGCAGUGAAGUGUUUGCAAUCCAAGAUGGAGGAAAAUGUCUCAUUUCAAGAAAUUCUUACAAAGUUUUUGAUGGAAAUGGGAUCUUACAAGACUGUAAAAGUGACGGAAAAGGUGGACCAGGGACCAGUAACGCUUAUGUGAUAGGGAAAAUUAGCGGUAUGAAUCUUUUCUUAUGGAUGUCUCCUAUUAUGAAGAGCUAGGAAGGGAGGGGUCUCUCGUUGGCUCACUUAGGGUGGGUGGGUGGGCGAAUAUAUUCCUACUCGGUUAGAAAUGAAAUAUUUUUAAUUUUUAAAAGCUAUCAUGAUGGUGAUUUCUCCCCUGCAGCUUUAAAGCAGUUUUUUUUUAAUAGUAUUAACUUAAGCUUGGGUCACGCCUUAAAUGGUCAAUAUGGUCUCUGAUCGCUUCCCCCUCAAAAGUUCCAAUUCACUUCACAUGGCUUUGCUUCGUCUCCCUACCCCUUCUUUCUGUACUUAAAAAUCCUCAUCCUCCCACGAUGACAACUAAAAGUCAGCAGAAACUAUAAAGUGUCUUAUCUGUGCGAAAGAGGGUGUUAAGCUGCUGCCACUAAGAGUCAAGUCAUGAUGAUAUUACCUAAGAGAGUAGAAUGCAAGGUUUCUUUUUGAACGAAGUGUUUAGUUAACUAUUUAAAAAUAAAUUUCACAUCCAGUUUGAAGGAAAUAACAUUGUUAUAACAAUGGCUUCCGUUGCAGAGCUUCGGUCUAUGUUGACCAUUAAUAUUUUAAACGAAGGAUGUUACAAGGACCUUCCUAUCCGUGCUAUGGAAAGUCUUGAAGGAAAAGACCCCAUACUUCUCGAUGGCAAUUACGCUUCAAGAGAUGAAGCAGUUCUUAAGUGCCUCAUGUUAGGAAGAAAACUUGGAUAUGCCGUGGUGGGUGUUCAAGAUGGUGGCAUGUGUGUUGGUAGCACCAAGGUGAAAACGUAUAAGAAAUACGGAGUAUCCCAUGAUUGCAGGGGGGAUAGGAAAGGAGGACCGUGGGCCAGUGAAGUAUACCUUAGCUUAACUAACCACAUCACUGGUAAGUGUUAAUCCGAGAAGAUGUGUCAAAUGGCAGUGGAAAAAUUAUCACCGGUCCCGAUACUAGCUGUAAAUGGUGGCUUUUAAUUAUCAAAUGUCUUGACCUUGUUCUUUAGUUGACUGAUUUGCAAUGCGGAGGUUAUGAAACAUUACAUUUACCCGCACUUUCAAUCUUAAUAAUAAUAAUAAUAAUAAUAAUAAUAAUAAUAAAGGCUUUAUUACGGUAUAUCCAUAGAAUGGCUCUUCACCCGAGUAAACUAAGUUAAUCUAAGCUAAAAAACGACGAACAAAUUCAUGAUGAUAAAAUACAAUUAAUAAUUAUAAUACAAAGCAUUUGGAAUUAAGACCGAAGCAAAUUACUACAUUCGAGAUUUCAAAAAAGUAAAAGCCUGUUUUGAAAAUGAUUUGCUGUCCACACAAUGAUUUGCUGUCCACACACGUUCUUGAUUGUUAUGAUAUAUCUCUAUCAUUAUUACCAUGGUUUAACGGCCAACGGCCUAUUUUUUCAAACAGACGUAGUUCCCUCUACAUCCAAUGAUAUUUUUCACAGAUUUUCUGGCCGGUGUUACCUACGAAUCUAAAGGCUGCUACAAAGACCAAGAAGCGAGAGCUAUUUCUUCUUUAGAAGGAAAAGACGUUCUUCUAAGGGAUAGCUAUGCGGAGAGAGAGGAUGCUAUUCAAAAGUGUGCAGUGGCAGCCAUUAUACGAGGAUACAAAACAUUUGGAAUCCAAAAUGGUGGCAUGUGUGUUAGUGGCCCUAACGCGCACCAAACAUAUAGCAAAUACGGUGAAUCAAUGGAUUGUAAAAAUGACGGAGAAGGAGGACCUUGGGCCAAUCAGGUUUACAAUCUUGUGGGAAGGGUGGACGGUAAGUUGACAUGAAUGUAUUAUGAUCUAAACCUAGUGGUCUCUUCUACGGCCACCGAAUUAUUGGCCAAAUUUGGCUUAAGCUUCAAGUAGGGUAAAAAAUAUUUCACUCUCGUUUGUACAACACAUCGCUUGAUGAAUUGUGACAACCGUGUUUUUUUUUUCUUUUUUUCCGAAUGUCCAGUAUCUUUAAUUUUAGCGUAAGAAGGAGCUGCUCCAUAGACAAAGUUGAGUUGCGUCAUUUACCUUCGGUUGAAAAUUUGAAUAUUAGCACGAGUUCCUGAAACAGUUGAGGAUAUAGCGGGCUCACUCCUUUUUCUCAAAUUAUUUCCUUCCAGUAAUUUGACGUUUUUGUAUUCGCAGAUAUCUUUGAGAGUGUUCAUCGCUUACAUGUUGGAUGCUUCGAUGACAUGCAAGCACAGAGGAUUCCCAGUUUAAUGCAAGAUCCUGUAUUAAACAUUACCAUUACUUCAGAUACGGAUUUUGGUGAAUCAGAUGCACAUCUUAAUCUCAGUCAACAAGAGAACCGAUUUAACGUGAAGUGUGCAUUAGCGACCUGGAGGAGAGGAUAUAAAGCAUAUGUUGUUACUGCUGACGGGCAGUGCGCCAGUGGUCCUGAUACGCACACCAACAUUGUCAAGUUUGGUUAUGGCCUAGAAGAGUGCUCAACCGUACCGGCGAACAAUAAGGCGUACCUUGUUGGUCCUAGUCCGUUUAUCCCACCCUUUGAAGGUAUGAUGAAUGUUUUCUGCCUUUUUCUCUUGAAUACGAGAAGAGAGACGAUUACUUCGAAGGGCCAAAAUUAACAAUUUGAUCAGGAUCUGUUAUGCCUGGGAUCUGUUCUGUGAAGGGAAAAUUUGUCACCUUCCAUUGGGAUAAAGAAGCAAGGUAGGGUAAACUCCUUAUCUGGGUAUUCAAAUGAACUUGAUCCAGAAUACAGAUCCUUUUAGGGCUCAAAUAAAGGGAAAGAAAAAAGAUUUCUCAUCUACCUUAGAGAUAGAAUUUAUAGAAAAGCCUAUAGGUCAAAACUAGUGUGUUGAAAAUUUACGUAAGUUACAAGUAUUAUCAAAAAGCCGGUUGAACAAGUGGAUGAGAAAGCUGGUUAUCCUGGCAAAAGCCGGUUUAACAGGUAGAGAGAGAUAAGAAGCUUGGAUCUGUUGAACACUUUAGUAGAGACUUACGUUAGAUUUUAUUAAAAGGCGGAGAGGACAUGAUAGAUUUAAAACAACAAAAGGAAAUAGGAACUGAGGUGUCUUUGAUUUUGAUAACAAAUUGAAUUUGUGAUGUAGUCAAAUUGGCCUUGUCUAGUCACUUUUAUGUAAAUUAAUUGAUAUUUCCUUUUUGUAAUUAAUUAAACUAUCCGAGCUUCUAUGAGUUCAGUUAAAGAUUAUAAAUCACGUGGUGCACGGACAACGCCCACUCUAGAUCCAUAGAGAGCUGUGUUGUUUGGAAACCACACUUCUCCCUAAAAUCAGCAACGAUUAAGAAAUUGUUAAACGAUGUCUGGGAUUGCAGUGAAUUUGCUCGACUUCUAUGAUUGGUCUGGAUGUGGUCAAAUUGGCCUUGUCUAGUCAGUUAUGUGUAAAUUAAUUGAUAUUUCCUUUUUGUAAUUAACUAAACUAUCCGAGCUUCUAUGAGUUCAGUUAGAGAUUAUAAAUCACAUAGUGCACGGACAACGCCCACUCUAGAUCCAUAGAGAGCUGUGUUGUUUGGAAACCACACUUCUCCCUAAAAUCAGCAACGAUUAAGAAAUUGUUAAACGAUGUCUGGGAUUGCAGUGAAUUUGCUCAACUUCUAUGAUUGGUCUGGAAGACUCAAAGUUAUCUGGUCGGAUGCGAUACUAAAACCAAUCGGUAUUUGAUCAAUAGCGUUGCCAUCAUCAUUUGCGUGACACAUUAUUAUGAUAUUAUGUUGCCCUUUGAUGUGAUUGGCUGUUGAGAUAUUGUGGGUUUCGGAUUUACGAAAAUCAACUGAUAUAAACAAUUGUAGAAAGUGACUAACAUUUACAUGCCAAUUUGCAUUUGCUUUCUACAAUAGAGUUACAUGUUGAGUAUGAGUCUGUUGGAUGCUAUGAAGACAAAAGAGAACGAGCUAUCGAGAAUGCUACUCCACUUGGUUACGAUCUGUUUGGUUACUAUAUCAACAAAAUGAAAGGAAAUGAAAUCCAGAAGUGCGCAUUAUAUGCAAAGCUGAUUGGGUACAAGGUGUUUGCGAUUCAAAAUGGGGGGGAGUGCCUUACCAGUGCCACGGCCCAUAAAACAUACAGUAAAUAUGGUGAAUCGCGAGUCUGUAAGGGCGAUGGAAAAGGAGGACCCUUUGCCAAUCAAGUGUAUCGUCUAUCUGAGAGAAAAGGUAUUUUGUUUUAUGUUGUUGUUGUUGUUGUUGUUGUUGUUUUUUUUUUUUGUCUUGGGUUUUUAUUGUUUUCAUUAGAAACCCCAACCUUGUCCCCAGUCUACAUUUUCUUUAAGUGUCAAUAACAGCUGCGGACGAAGAUGGCGAAAGUUUUUUCUGGAUGGGGCGGAAAAACAAAAAUGACACAACUCGAUUGGCCCAUCCAGUUGAUAAUAGUAUACUACAUAAUGAGUUUAUAAUACUAGCUUCGGGAAGGGUGAAUUGAACUGUCAAUAUUCUUUACUUCUUGGAUAUCGUCACCAUCAAAAGAAGCAACGACGAAAAACCAUACCACCACCGAUGGAAAACUUGAUGAAAAUCGUUUACUCUUCCAUUGGAAUUGGUGUUUUACCUUUUUACGAAAAUUGAAAAGUGUCAUUGCCUUUUUAACAUGACCAUCUUUAUCUUCCUUUCCUUUGCAGAAUGAGAGCGUGUGCCAAUGAGCUUUCUAACAGUUCGUGUGGCUCAUCUUUACAAAGAAAAAUGGAAAUUACGUCAUAA